CGAAUUAUAUGUUCAUUGCAGAGCCGGUCAUCGGCCAAAGCGCAACGUGCCCGAGGUGUUUCUCGUUUGUUUUUCCUCUUUCACUCAAAUAUGAAUCGAUACAAGUGCACAUAAAAUCACACGCAACACAAAUAUCAGUGAGUGAGUGAUCAGCGCCUCCCUCUCUCUCUCUCUCUCUCUCUCGACGAGUGUACGCUUUACACUGUGUUUCGUUUCGAAAAUUACGCUUAUGUUCGGCUGAUCAGAGAGAUGAAGUGUUACAGUGAAGAAUCCAUUUGUUCCCCAUGAAUGGAGAAAUCUCAGUGAAAUCUGAACGUGGAGACUGCAAAAACGAAGUGAGCUUCAUCGACCGUCGACAUUGUCAAAUGACAUUAAAUGUGGACAUAUCUUGGAACGAUGCGUUUAACGCAAGAGGAUCGCGCUUGGAAGCGGCGUCGGCAGUUUAACGAAAAAUAAGACCGGAUGUGUGUAGACCGACGAUGGUUUGAGGCGACAAAAGCCCAAUGUCUUAUCCCCGAGCAGUUCAUUCGUCGAUCGUCGGUCGAUCAGUGAAGGUAGUUUCCGAGUGACACGUCGAUACCUUUUCUCGUUUGGGAGACUUGUCUCGACCAACCUAUCGACCGACUGAAUUACGAGCACGCGUGACUGCUCGUUGUGAGCUAGUUACAUACGGAGCGCUACAUCUUCAACGUGCGCAAUCUUUUCGACAAGUGCACGACGCAAAGCGUGAGCAAACAUGCGACGAUGUUGAUCAAUAGCUACGAUAGAACGGAGAAGGGUUGCGCGUCAGGAGGCAACUCGCAAUGUUCUCGCGUCCAGUCUGAAAAACGCCGCGGAAGACCUCACGGGGGACUGCGGAGCAGAAUUUACUCUAUAAUCGUGAUUCCACCGUUAAUUACGUCCCGCAAGGAUCUCCUAGCCGAUAUGUCUCGAGUUCCUCUCAUGGCGUCCAACAGUAGCGCGCAAGAAAUCGCGGAUCGACGGAACAUGGUGAUGCUCCAGGCUGGGUUACCCGGCAACUCGUGGACGUACUGCGUCGAAAGAGAGCAGCUAGCCAGAAGAUCGGAAUGGUUUCGGGCGAUGCUCACUGGUCCGCUUGCGCCGCCAGUGACAGACUCCCCGCCGUUGUUGCAGUUACAACACGUCGAUAAGCGAGCGUUCGAUCAUUUCCUCAGAUAUCUUCACGAUGAACCGGUAAACUUCAUAUCGGUGUCGACGGCUAGAGCUACGCUUGACGCUGCACAUCAAUAUCUUUGUCCCGAGUUAGCAAGACUUGCCGCAGCAUUUCUCGAAAAAAAAUUGGACGAAAUAACUGUGCUCGAGAUCUAUCAGGGCCUCGGACUCUACGCGAACAAUUCGACACCUGAUUCCGAUAGAUCGCCGUGCUCACCGUCAGCUCCGAUGUCGCCUGGAGAUGAAGCCAAUGAAAUAGCGGCUGUGUGUACCGAUCUCUUGUUCAAGUGCCUAUUUGUGAUCGACUUGAGUCCGGCGGUGGUGCUGCAUCAAGAACGCUUCGAGGAACUCAGUGUCCAAGAGGUGGCCCAUUUAGCACGCCGCGAUACUUUAAAUCUCAGCAGCGAGUGCAUCCUUUUCUCAGCGUUGGACAGGUGGGCUGCAGCCGAGUGCCGAAGACAAGGUCUCGAGCCCUUGCCGUUCAACAAGAGGGCUGUACUCUCAGACGAAAUUUGCUUCAGCGUGCGGUAUCUUCUCAUGAAUGAUCAAGAGUUUGUUAGCGGUCCUAUGGCGAGCGGCAUUCUGACGAACGAGGAAUGCGUGCAUAUCGUCUCGAGAAUACUCAAGCAUCCCGAGAGCUCGGUGGAUGGUAGUCUCCGGAGCGCGUCAGCCGUUCAUCCGUCAAUGUUGUCCGACACGCCUAGGGUCAGCAGGUACAAGUGCAACACUCAAGACUGCAACAUGUUGAAGCCGGGCAAGAAGGAGCGACAAGACAACCGGAAAAACAGGAGGAAGGAAUGCGCUAGUCAAGGGCAGAGGACGUGCGCUAGGAUAGGCAACUGCCUCAUACAAGUCCUCUCCUGCGUGUUCGAUUAAUCGAGUCAAAAUUUACGUAGGCAAUCACAAAAAGCAGAUCACCCACCGAAACAUGUUCCAUUACUCUUCUAUCCGCUUUUCGGUUACAACUUUGAACCCACGUGAAAUCGAGACACGAAAACUGUGCGAGCAAUAUCCAAGGGAAACACAGCGACGUCUUUUAAAUGUUAUUCGCAAUUACAUUUUCGAAAUUCGGAACAUUCAUUUCCGACAUGAUUUUGCAUAACUAAAACGGUGCUCAUUAAUUACGGAAAUUCUUGAUGAUAAGCACACCAGGACUUGCAUUAAUAGCUGAAACUCGUCUCGUAUGAGAUAUUCAGAAAUUUUUUAUUCGUAGUUAAAUAUGAGAUUCUUAGCGUUAUAAGGUACGAUCCACUUGAAACUGCAAAUUCUUUGAAGCGCUUAAAAAAAUAUAAUUGGUUUAUAUGGCGAAGCGUUUACAACAUAAUCACAAAAAGUUUCAGAAAUAUUCGAAUAUUCCUAGGAUGUUCCAUUGGCGUUACAUUUCCCCAGCAUUAGCUAGCUGAUGUAAAACUAAUAUAAAAACGAAGUACGAAGUACUAGGGUAGGGUGUCUAUAGAGGAUUUGUGCUAUAUAAGUAGUGUCAAAUCUAUAUCACACAAUCCAGCUGAAAAACUCGGGUCAAAUUUUUAAUUAAAAUCUGAGUAUUUCACAUGAGACGAGUUUGACAACUAUUAACAUGGAUUCGGAUGAUUCAAAAAUGUCCGAUAAGUGUAUUUCCCGCGAAUGUUGCCACAAUGUUUCAUUAGUGGACGCGGCGUGAAGGAGUAAGCGAUAUUCUGCCAUUAUUAGAAUAUUAUUAUGCGAUCAUUACGGAUUAUAGAGAGCGCUCUGCGAUAGAUUAUUUAGAUAAUAUUUUUAAAAGCGAAAGAGGCUGAGCGAGAAAUGUUUUUCGAUGUUUUUAAACAUUUAGAUCAUUCUGCUGUGUAGGAUGAAUUUUUUAUUGGUUGAGAUAUAUUAUUUUAUGGAUAGAACAGAAAAACGUUAGCUCGUUGAAAUUUUUCUACCGCGUGAAUUUUAGGACUGUGAUGCUACUUUCACUAAUAUUAUAUAAAAACAAGAAAGAUAUUGUGCAUAUUUUGUUACUCCUUGGGGAAUGUUUUAUUUCCCCGCUAAUUCACAAUUUUGCGCACUUUGAAGCCCAUUUUUGCACAAUGGAAAACCAUAGGAAUGAAGAAUAACACAGCCAAUAGAAUACAUCAGAAACCGUGCAUCAAUGCGUAGCAAUUGAUACGUGGUUUCCGAUUUUCCAUUGUGCAAAAGGCCCGGCAGGAGGUCACUGUGGUAGCCCCGGAACUACAGAAUCUUUCCUCCAGGCCAAAAUAAAGAAAGAAUCACCUUAUAAUUAUGAUAUUCAUAAUUAGGGGAACCAUCUGCAGGGACGUACAGAGCGAUAUUUUUCGGACAACAGUAAAUAAUACGCUAUUGUUUGAAUGAGCGCCCAAUGUGAAUUGCAGCAAGAGUCCGCAUUUAUUAUAAAUUUUUAAGGGUCUAAAUCGGGAUUUGUCCCUAGUGAAUAUUAUUGAGAAUAUUCAAAAAAAUAUUGGAUAGGAAAGUAUGGCUUCUACGUAGACAAAAGCUGGAAAGUGCAUAUAUCGCGGAAAGUGUGACGUAGUAAGUGCGAGAGAUAUAAUAAUAGUGUGUAUGGACACACGCAGAUACUGCACUUUCGCAGAGUACAAGGUUUCCAGAUCGAAUCUCCUGCCGGACUCUUAACAAUCAAUAAAUAGCCGAAAAUUAGUGUAAUAUGUGUACUUGCGUUUUUAACUAAUUUUUUUCUCACGAUUUCUGUUGCGUUAAUUUUACGGCUAUUUAUUGAUCAUUCAGAUUAAAGGAAAGGACAUUUUUACAAGUGUGCGAUCACAAUUGCAAUUUUGUGCAUAUAUUCUUUAAUCUCCGCAUAUCCGUAAUAUAUUUCGGCAUGCAAUUUCUCGCUUCUGACGUCAUCGAACAGCGAGGAACUCUUGUCACGGCUCAUGAGGAAACAAGCUUUUACGAGAGGAAACACUUUCCGCAAUAUACAUUUUAUAACAUUUCUGAGAUUUCAAAUUGGCGGACAGGUCAUGUAAUACUCUUCAUUGUACGAGUGCAAAUAAUGUAUAUUUCUUUCAUAACUGCCUUCUCCGGAAAUUUUUUAUAAACUCAGCGUACGAGAGAUAAGUCGCGUAAAAUCUACGUUAAUUAACGUAAACAUGUGUUAUCACGGUAUCUUUGUUAUGUUCAUAAUUGCUGUUCAGAGUAUAUAACAUUUAAAUUGUUUGUAGUGUAGAUAGUACAUAAAACUGUAUGACUGGUCCGUGUGAGAGUACGUAAAAAUAAGAGUAGUCGCAAAAUUAACGUGACAUUCUUCUUCAACAUCUUUUCUCGUGAUUUUGUCAAUUUUACGAUUACUUAUCGAUUGUUCGAGCAAAGGAAAAUUUUACAAGUUUGCUGAAUUGAUCGUCAUUUUGUGAAUAUAUCCCUUUAUAUGCGAGAAAUCUUGACAUGCAACUUCUUCCUUCUAAUGUCAUUAAACAGAGAUUUACUUCGUAACCUUAAAUAUAUAUAAAAAAUAUCUUGGAUCAGGAAAUGUCAAGUUUUUUUGGUAUCUCCAAAUUUAUUGAGAAAUUUAUAUACAGUAGAAAAUGUGACGGGUUCUUCUUGCCUCGUCAUGCUUAUGUAAUUAAUAUAUCUGCAAACCUUAUUUACCGCAAGUCCUCACAUUUUUUUAUGUUAAAUAUUUAUUUACCUAAAUGAAUAAGAGACACUGCAUUAUGGACAUUUUAAACCGGGAGAAGUUUUCGAAAAUCGAAUGUAUUGUUAAAUAUGUCUUGAAAAUUAUUGAAAAAAAAAAAACAAUUGUUUUAUAUAAAUGAUAUAUAUCUCUGUGUACAUUUUCUAUAACUUCAUAUAAGACAUCGCUUUACGACACAUUUAUCGUUGCUAUUUCAUGUUCUUUAGUCGAAUCAUUAACGUACAUAAUGAAAUUUGCACUUUUAACGUACGCUUUGAUAAAGUUAUAGACUGAAAACGCGACCGUGCUUACAUUUCAAAUAUCUCUGUGAUCGUUGAAGAUGUCAAGGAACCGACUAAGGAAACUAAGGAAAUUUAAACGACUGUGUUUCAAUUUACACCCCUUCCUAUAGAAGUUACGGGACACCAAUGUUGCCUCAUCAUUUUUGAUCCUGUAGGAAGCUUACAACAGCUAUAUGCAAGUAUACCAAUAUUCAAUCCAAAAUUCACAUAGCGCAUAGAAGAAUUAUCAGCACUAGCACUCUUAUGUUUCCAAACAUCAUCUCAGAGUGACUUUCAAUUUGCCACAUAUUAACUAUAAAGUACGGAAGUUGGAUUCUCAUGACAAAAUCAUGACUUCUGAAUUGAUCGAAAUAGUGGAUUCGCUGAAAAAAUCGUAAAGAUCAAUCUUGUGAAAAUCGAUUUAAAAAAUUAUGCGAUAAAAGAGGCGUUCAAGGAGCGCGGUAUCAAUGCUACAGCGUCAUUCUAUUCUUGCUACUGUUUUCCAUCCAAUAAGCGAUAAAGAUAGAAGAUAACGCCUUAUUUUCCUUAAUAAAUCGGAUAAUACAUAUUUAUUCGCGCUGAAUUGCUAUGUCUGAAAAUGCAUCAAUCAGCGAUAUUCCUGGUACAAAGACAAACACUGUAUGUCAUCGGCUUCAUUCAAAUAUACUGUUCCUGAAAAAUGAAGAAUCGAUUCUCCUCUAACAAUCACGAUAAAAUCGCAGAGAAAGAGAGAGAGAGAGAACCGAUUAAAUAAAAUCGAACAUCCUUACUAUAUAGUCGGCAAGACGGACAAAGAAAUGUACUUCGUAAGAAACACGUAAUACUCAAUGUGCCAUAGUUACAAGUUAUGGUAUGGUAUUUAG